CCCUGAAGUGAUACAUGACAUGGAAUAAGUAGAAGGUGAACUUGGAUCCCACUCUUUUAACAAUUACACCCAACUGUAUAUUUUAUUAGUCAGCAGUAAGCAUUAUUGCACAGAAGAAGCAAAAACAAUUCGACACAGAUUUUGUCAAAAAUAGUUUUUAAAAAAUCAUGAAAACCACUAUUGCCUUGCUCCUCGUUGCCUUUGCUGGAAUUCAGGCCCAAAUUGGAAUUCCUUGCCAUUCAAACAUCUUUAAUUUUACGCCACGUCAUAAUCUGAACAUUUCUCGGUAUGCGGGUACUUGGUACGUCCAAGAAGUUGGGUCGAGCAACAUUGGUAACUUCCCACAACCGGAUUGGAAGUGUGAAAAGCAUGUAUAUUCCGCUCCUACCGAGACCGACCCCCCAACUUUGUCUGUCCUAGAAGUUUACGUCAACAUUACGGACGGGACUACUUUUUCUGAAGAUAUGCCAAUCUCCGUGAAUGCUACGAGGAGCCCGAUGAGCGCCAUGUGGAGGAAGACUUCCGGCGUGGAUGGCGACUUGGAGUCGCAGGUCUUCAUUAUGUCAGCCGAUUUGGAGUUUGCCACAUGGACGAUUAUGUACUCGUGCGCCAUUCAUAAGCCUUUCUUCUUCCGGAGAGAAGUCCUUAUGGCGAUGACUCGCAGUAGGACGAUUCAACCAGAUUUGAGGUCGUUUCUUAAAGCUCUCAUGGUCGGGGGAGGGUUCCGGAUUGGGGAUCAGUGGUCAAUUGACCAGACAGGAUGCACCAAUUAAAUAAAGCUGUGUGGAAAAUUGGAAAUAAUUUGAAGAAAUAGUAAUCAUGUUAAGUCGGCAAAAAUAAAUACGGGAAAAAGAUGGCUAAAUUGCAAGAA